UAUUUCAUCAAUAUCAUCUCCAAAGAAAAGCUUCAUCGAAGAGUAUCAUCACAUCAAUAAAAAUCAAAGCCAUAAUUGCCAAUUAUGGCUUUGAAGGUGAUGUUUUUCAUUGGAGGACUAGUCUUGGCUUUACAGGUGAUCGGAACCUGUGGCAGCCCGAGCAUCAUUCCGGCAGAUUCAUCAAAGCUGGACAGUUGGAUUGAUCACAACAUGAGAGCCCACGAGCAAGGGAAGAACGAUCACGCCCUCGACAAGGUAUUGGCCGAUGCUGAGAAAGCCUCUAAAGUUAUUAAGGUAAGGAAAGACGGGUCAGGAGAUUUUAAGACUAUUACUGACGCCGUUAAAAGUAUUCCAUCUGGUAACAAAGGGAGGGUUAUAGUGUGGAUUGGUCCUGGGGUUUAUCAUGAGCAUAUAACUGUGGACAGGACUAAACCCUUCGUCACCUUUUAUGGAGAUGCAGCUAAAGUCCCCGUAAUUACCUUUGACGGCACCGCCGCUAAAUUUGGAACCUGGAACAGCGCCACCGUAGCCAUUGAGUCUAAUUACUUUGUUGCUGCUAAUAUUCAAUUCGUGAAUUCAUCUCCAAUGCCAAAGGGUAAUAAAAGUGGGGAACAAGCAGUGGCAUUGAGAAUAUCAGGUGACAAGGCAGCUUUCCACAACUGUAAAUUUGUAAGCUAUCAAGAUACCUUGUGUGAUGAUAAAGGUAGACAUGUAUUCAAAGAUUGCUACAUUGAAGGCUCUGUAGACUUUAUCUUCGGCAAUGGACAAUCCCUAUACUUGAGCACAACCAUAAGAUCGGUUGCCAAGAACACAGGAGUUAUCACAGCCCAAGGAAGGGACAGUGUAACUGAAGACAGUGGAUUCACCUUUGUUCAUUGCAAAAUCAUAGCCGAUGGUGACACUUACUUGGGUCGAGCUUGGAGGGAGAUGCCUCGAGUCAUAUUUGCCUACACUGAUAUGGGCAACCAUAUCAAUGGUAAUGGCUGGUCCAACGCCAUGGGAGCACCUACCAAAGCUUCAGGAAACAACAAGUGCGUAUACUCUAUAUAUACACAUAUUAUUUUGUGGUUUUUAUUAUUAAUUAAUUCCAUAUAUACUGAUUGCUUCUUUGUAAAUGCAGUUCUGUGUUUUACGGAGAGUACAAGUGCACUGGACCGGGAGCUAACACCUCUGGACGUGCCAAGUAUUCAAAGAAAUUGACUGAUGAAGAAAUCAAACCUUUUAUGAGCAUGACUUUCAUCCAAGGCAACAAGUGGUUUAUGGAGCCUCCUCACCUUAAACGUUGAAUUUAAUCCUGUAAUCAUGAAAUUAAGGGGUUAUAAUUGAUGCAACUUUCUCUUCUCUGCUUACAAUUUGUAUACAAUUGAUAUUUGAUCACUAUAUACUAAUGUGCAAUUAACUCAUCAAAA